AUGCUUUUGUUGGAUAUGGCAGCUUCUUCAAAACAACAUGCAACAACAUCCUCUCGAUCAUCCUCUUCCUCACAUAAACGUACUCGACAGCAUAAUCCAAAGGCGACACCAAAGGAGAAGAAAACUUCACAACAAGACGACUUGGAAUCGCUGCAAAUCACUUUUUAUGAAAUAGAGUCAUGGAUUGAGAAAACAACACCUGUCCUUGCUCGAAUGACGAAAGAACUCGACAAAGCAUCUCAGCAAUUUCAAAAAAGAAGGGAUGAGCUGCGCACUAGUGAAGCAAAGGAACAGCAACUUCGUUCAGCCAAAGAGCAACAGCAGCAGCAGCAGCAACAACGACCAGCAACAGCGCCGCCAACAGCAACAGCAACAGCACAACCACCACAAGCACCAGUACCACAACCACAACAAAAGCAGCUGAGUUCUCGAUUACUACAAUCCUGGGCGGAACAAAAGAUGAAAGACAAAUCGAUGCAAUGGACAUUAUCUUUUCAACCUGGCAACUCUUUGAGACUUGAGACGAACAUCACUUCUAUUGAACAACUGGUGGAUGCAGUACGGAAGAUUCGUGUGCUUGCAGAGGAACCCGAGAUGGAGAAUGGUGGUGGUGUUGGUGGUGGUGUUGGUGGGGCAGCAUCAGCAGCAGCAGCCAUGAUGCAUGAUGAUACAGAGGAUGCAAUACCAUCACCCUCCUCGUCGACAUCAAGUUUAUCAGUAUGGGUGGAUCCUUUGGAGACUGAUCCAGCGACUGAAUAUUGGCACAUUGCUAUUGGAAGAAGACCACAGACAUGCUUGGAGAAUUAUCGACAUUGUGAGAUGAAUUUGAGCCGGUUGACAGAGGAUGUCUCACCAAGCGUUCUCAACUAUAUCGGCCAUGUCUUUUGGGAUUGUCUUCAUCCAAAGUUCACUUGCGAUUGGUAUUCGUUUUGGGAUCGUUCAGGUGACCCAAAACGUAACCAGGUGUGUAUCGACUCGGGUCUCGCCAUUGUAUUUUUACAUGUCAUUCGCCACGACAAUAGCGCAUGCAAUAAUGCUCUCGACAUUGCUUAUUACUAUUACGAUCGUGCUCGUGAAUCACUUAUGGAAUUCUUUGACUCACCUGAUUGUGCAACCCUGGAGACGUUGUUGAAUCUUGCCAUGUUUUGUAUGGUGUGCAAGCGACAUUCACAAGCAAGGAUCUAUAUCAGCCUCGCCUUCCGGAUGAUGUUAGAGAUGGGAAUGCAUCAACGCAGCAAAUUACCAACAGAUCGAGUCCUACGCAAGCAAUACCUAAAGCUCUUCAUGGUGCUUUAUUACAACGACGUGACGACAUCAAUAUAUUCACGUGAUCCUUUUCUUGUGAUGGAUGAGAACUGUGAUAUCGACUUUUACGAGAUUAUUGAGCUCAAUGAGAUAUUACAUCGAAAUGGAGAAGCUGGAUGCAACGACAACAUGGUGGUCAAGGAGACGUACUUUUCAUAUUUGCUUGAGCUCAUGCGUAUCAGCAAACGGACGGAGCGGAUCUUUCGGGAUUAUGAGCACUUGAGGUAUCAUUACAGUGGAGAGCUUCCAAUACGGUGGGCAAAGCGGGUCCAGAGUAUAGAGAUUGCGCUGGCGCAAUGGUUUGAACAACUACCCGCUUUUUAUCGUGUCGAUCCACAGCCGAGACAAACCAUUGGCAGUCCUCCCAAGCCGUGUCCACGUGAACGACAUCCAAUGCCACCCGAAAUGCUUCGUGAUCAAUCAGCUCUUUUGCUCAUGUUGCAAUAUCAGACACAAUGGAUCGUAUUACACAAGACAUUCUUGACCAAAAACAUGUCCCUUUCACCAUUCACACCACCUUUGGAUUCACCCAAAAGCCCUGUUUCGCCUGGACAGGCACCUUUGCCACAACAACGCAUUGAACGAUCACACGCUAUAUGUACAGAUGCCGCCAAUCGUAUUGUCGUGAUUGCUGAGCUUAUCACUGAACAAUAUGGAUGGUGCGUGUGUCAGCAAUUCAUCAAUUGUAUCUAUCAAGCAUCGACCAUUUAUUGCCGCAACGCCCUGACGAAAGACGAUGCUGCACGUCAACAUGCAAAGUACAUGAUUCAUCGCAUCAUUCGUGUCCUCAGAUCCAACAACCACAAUUAUCAAGGUCUCCCCAAUGAUUUGACAGCAUGUCUCAAUGAGUUUCUUGCCGACCAUGAUAUGCAGCCAUCCCGAGAAGAUGAUGAUGACGAUGGUGGUGUGCGGCUAUUGAAUCAGUUUUUCUCAUGCGUACAAACAUCUUCGACAUCAUCGUGUGCUGCCUUGACCAAAUUCAAUGACAGCUUGCCAAAUUCUCCUCACAUGCACAAGCAAAUCUUUAUGCAAGCCAACUCGACUCAUCAGCAACUACCAGUGGAUGCAAUGGACUUUGAUGUGACGGCAGCGGAUAUCCGAAACUGA